AUUGUUGAUAUGUACUAACAAGGCCCAAUCCAAUAACCCGAAAAAGUCAUCUGUUUUCAGCUUCGCCAUCUCCGAGCGUGGAUAUACAACAACACACGCCAUCGGAAAGUUUUCCUAUCCACCACAACACUCGACGCAACUAUCUCUCUCUCUUUCCACAACAUUCAGCAUCAUCUCAGGUACACUUUCUUCCAUUCUAUAUCACAAACCCUCAAUUUCUUAAUGAAACUAAUUAGGUCUCAUAAUUAGGUUUAAGAAAUAGCUUCCAAAACAGAUCGCGGCGCCAAAAUGAAAGGGCGAUCUAAUCGCCCUCAAACUUCCGACCCUCCGCCGGACGAAUGGGUCGACGGUUCAUGGACGGUGGACUGCAUCUGCGGCGUCACCUUCGACGACGGCGAAGAGAUGGUCAAGUGCGACGAGUGCGAUGUGUGGGUUCACACGCGCUGUUCUCGCUACGUUAAAGGAGAUGACAUGUUCGCUUGCGAUAAAUGCAAGAACAAGAACAACAACCGUGCCGGAACCGACAACAACACCGAGGAAACCGAAGUUGCUCAAUUGCUUGUCGAGCUUCCCACAAAGACAAUCUCAAUGGAGAGAAAGAAUAACAACAAUAGAAGCAAUUCUCUUUCGUCCAAAGUUGCUUCUUGUUCUCGUCGUCCUUUUAAGCUUUGGACUGAUAUACCUAUGGAAGAGAGGGUUCAUGUUCAGGGUAUCCCCGGUGGUGAUCCUUCUCUAUUUGCAGGAAAAACAGUAUCAUCGAUUUUCGGUCCACAGUUAUGGAAAUGCACUGGUUAUGUUCCUAAGAAGUUUAAUUUUCAGUAUAGGGAAUUUCCCUCUUGGUAUGAGAGUGAAGAUAAGGAUAAUGAUAGUGAUAUUAAGGAUAAGGAUAAUGGGGCUGGUGUUCUUUUAUCGUUUUCGAAAGAGACUAAUAGUGUUUUAGCUACAUCCCCUGUUGCUGCUUUGGUUGAUAUGAGAUCCAGCCAGGCUAAGAAGGAUUUUAAGGAGACUCGAACCGGUAAGUUCGGUGGCGAUCGUAUGCCACGCGUCCACAAUGCGGUUAAAAAAGAGAGGACUUUGCUUAGGCCUUUUGUUGUUAAUUCGAGUAAGCGAAGGAAGGACGAACUCUCGAAAGAACGGAGUGGGAAGAAGAAGCGGGUUAAGACUUCUGAUAGAGAGGAGGUAGAUCCCAAGAGGAGGACUUCUGAUAGAGAGGAUGUAGAUCACAAGAGGAGGACUUCUGAUAAAGAGGAGAUAGAUCCCAAGAGAAGGACUUCUGAUAGAGAGGAUGUAGAUCCCAAAAGAAGAACUUCACACUCUUCUAAAGCAGCGUUUACACCCACGAGUGAUGCAAAACACUUGGCAUUUUAUGGAGACAGAGGUCCCAAGGUUUUCAAGGAUGACAUCCGGACCAUAAAGAAUAAAAAUGCAAAAGACAUAGUGGUUCGAGAUCAUAAUUCUAAUGAUUCUUUUGCCGUGGGCACCAUCAUAGAAGUGUCAAAUAACAACUUGACAACUACUGAAGAGUCUUCAGAAGCCUUAUAUCCUAACAAGACAAGACGCAGUCUUUCUGCUGGAGAUAUCUUAGUAGAAGAGAAGACUGACCAUAAAGUUCUGGAGAUAUCUUCUAAGACUGAUGACGCCGUUACAUCAGUUCUUAAGCAUAAUUAUGUUGAAAAUGCCUCAGCUAAAAAGAAGGACGAAGAUUGCUUGGAAGCUGAUAAUGCGGAUGAUACUUCAGUUGUAAGAAGCCUUGCAAGUCCUCAGACAGAAGAUCAUAGUGUUUCUGCACCAGAACUUAUGAAUAAGCAAGUUUCUCAAGAUAUUGACCGUAACCAGCAACCAAGCUCUGCACAAUGCAAAUUUAAGGUGAAGAGAGAAGACAGCGAUGAUAAGCUUAAGCACUCCAAUUUUCAUUCGUCUCCUAUCAGUGAUCUUAAUAACAAUGGAAAGCCAUCUGAUCCCACAUCCAAUAUUGAAGUGAAUGAGGCUGCAGUUCUCAGUGUUACUUCAUGUGAAAAUAAGGUGAGUGAUGUUGGCAUACCAUCAGAAGUAGUCCCUGAUAAUCAUACCAAUGAAAUCAAUGAAUUACCUGGUAAAUUUUGUCAUGGAAAAGAAGAAGCGGAGGGGUCUGAAGGUUCCUUGGAAACACAAAAGGGAUUUUCAGAAACAAAAGAUUGUUUGGAUUCUGCUAAAAAUCCAUCAAAAUCCGAAGCACUUGCACGGCCAAGUAAAAUGCCAGCUUCUGUCGGAAAGUCGUCUCCAACUUCAUCAACUGUGAAUACCAAAUCAUUGAGUCAUGACUUCAAAUCUGAAGAUACUGAAAUAGCUAACCCGUUUACGAAGCAUGGAGCUAAAUCUGAUCGUAACAUUCACGUAAAGAAUGAAAGUUGUCCAAAUGAUGCUGCAAUGGAUGAAAUUCCAAGGAAGUAUGUAAGAGAGCGGUCAAAAUCCUCGUUGAAGUCCAAUUCAAAAGGAUUGCAUUCAGUCAGGAGUACUCAAAAUUCCGUUUCAAAGCAGUCAAAUCCAGAUGCAAGAGAUUCUGUUCAUUGUUCGUCAUCUAAACCGUCCCUGGUUCACCAGACUGCAAGUGUUUUUGCUUCUAGUGAGACUAAUACAUCGAUGCACCAUCAAAAAGGUUUACAAGUGCAGAAUAAGAUUUCAUCUUCAGUGUCACAGAAAGUAGAAAAGCUUAAUCAAACAAAUACCCAUCCUUCCUCUAAGUUGAACCAGAACCAAAUGCCUUCAUUGAAUCCUUCUCCAACAUCAAAUUCUUCUAUGCUGAGUGAUGAAGAGCUAGCUUUGCUAUUACAUCAAGAACUGAAUAGUUCACCCCGUGUACCCCGGGUACCCCGUGCACGCAACACGGGUAGCGUGCCACAAUUGACUUCUGCUAGUGCUACAAACACGCUAAUGAAGCGAACAUCAGUCGGAGCGAAGGAAAACUAUUUGGUUUCUCGAAGAAAGUACAAGGAUGCAACUAGAGAUGGGUUUUGCAGUUCUCGUGAACCAGAAGAUGAAACUAAAAAGAUAGAGAAGGAGAAGGGUCAAUCAUCAUCUGAUCAGAGAAAACAAGACAUUGCACAUGUGGAAGAUGCCUCUGUCAAGGAAGAAGGAGGCCGUGCAUGUGUAACAGCUUCAAAUUCUAUUACAAGUAAUGGUCUUUCCGCAACUCCUGCCAUUGCAAACAGUGGUCCACCUUCCCCUCGCGAGGAUCGUAGUUUGUUAUCAACGAAGAACUCACCAAGGAACAUAUCUGAUGAUGAUACAGCAACUGCUGGAAGGCCAGUUCAUCACACUUUACCUGGCUUAAUCAAUGAUAUAAUGAGCAAGGGCAGGCGCAUGACAUAUGAGGAACUCUGUAAUGUUGUGCUACCGCACUGGCCCAACUUGAGGAAACAUAACGGAGAGCGAUAUGCAUACUCAAGUCACUCCCAGGCUGUUCUUGAUUGUUUGAGGAACCGACAUGAAUGGGCUAGGUUGGUUGACCGCGGUCCAAAGACAAAUACUAAUAGGAAAAGGCGUAAGCUGGAUGCUGAAGAAUCUGAUGAUAAUGGGUAUGACAAAGGAAAAACUUCAAAAGAGACCGAAGGGAAGAACUUUGAGUUGCAAAAAGAAGAGUUCCCUAAAGGCAAGCGUAAAGCUCGAAAGCGCAGGCGGCUGGCUCUUCAGGGAAGAGCUGUAAAGGAUGUGAGGAGGAGACAAAAAGCUGACUCACUAACCGGUGAAGACGUGGGUCCUUUCUCCAAUUCUAGUGAAGAGAGCAUGUUUAGUGAGGAUGAAAUUCAAGUUGACAGAAUAUGCCCAGCAGGAAGUACAUCAGAUGAGGCGGGUAGUGCCUAAUUUCAGCGGCUAAAUAUCUGUUUGGGUAUAUUUUUUGCAAUAAUAUGCAUUUCUUGGCUUGAAAUGGAACAGGUGUUCAGUCUUUGUAAGCUUGUUUAGUGGGGGAGAUGCACUUGUGAUGUAAUGUUGUAUUAGUAGUGUAUAGUUCCAAUAGAAUAGAGUAUAUAUAGUGCAUCAUCCUUUUCAAGCUAAGGAAGAACCGUGUAGAUUAUGUAGAAUCAGUAACUUGUAAGUGAUUAGAAGAUUCAGUUAGGGAUAAAAAAAAGAUUGUGCGCGAUUGGCUUUGAUCAGGAAAUACUAAUGUAGAAUCACAAACAUCGCAAAGCAACUGUAGUAGCUUUUGCGAAGGAUAGCUACUGUUACUGAUUGGCAGCAGUUAUUUGAUUAAUGAUUAAAAUGUGGUUCUUGUUGUAUACAGUAACAUUUUCGCUUUUGCAUUUCACAGCCUUGCGGCUUUCAACUGUUAUAAACUUGUAAUAUUUAUUGGA